AUGGCAACCACUGCUAACGUUGAAGGUUUGCUGGACUGGUUCAGAGACCCCUCAAAUAAGUCCUUUUGGAAUGAGGACCUGCUAGACAUAAGAACAGCAUCUGUGGGAGGAGGAGCUGGUGUUUUUGCUAGAGAAGACAUCGACGUGCAUUCUCACGACCAUUGUGGAGGCCAUGGAGAUGAUCAUGAGCAUGAAGAUACGCCUAUUCUAUUGAGAGUCUCCAAGGAAGCCAUUUUGAGUGGCAGAAACUCCAAAAUUUGCAACUUGUUGUAUGAGGGAGGACUUGAUGGGAUGCAAGCAGUUGUGCUUGCCUAUCUCUACGAGAAGGCUGACCCGACCAGUCCGUGGAAGGGUUAUGUCGACUCCAUAAACAUCUACGAUGAUAACGGAAAGCCAAUUGUUCCGCCGUGUAUGUGGGAUGAGGAGGCCAAAAAGUGCUUAAAGGGAACUGAAGCUGAGGUUCUUGGAGUGACUGAUCCUGAGGAGAUAGAGAGAUACUUCACCAUUGCUCUAGCGUUUGCAAGAGAAGUGGAAUCUGUCAUUCCUCGGCCAAAAGAACUGGACAUUGUGGGAAAGCCUCAAGAGGAGGUUGAGAAGAUGUUCGAAGUGUACGCCGCCAUAGUUCUGGCUGUUUCCUCUAGAGCUUUCACCAUUGAUGAUUUCCAUGGUCUGGCUCUCGUUCCAGGAGCCGAUUUGUUCAACCACAAUGCAUACGACGAUGAAGAUGUUCAUUUUGAGACUAUUGCAGACGUUUGCCCUUUUUGUGGCAAAGACAGUGGCUGUGGCCAUUCAGAGUUUGGUGGUCCAGACAGUGAAGAAGAUGACUCGAUGACUGGGUCAGACUCCGAAGAUGAAGAAGAGUCAGGCGAAGAGGAAGAAAAUGAUGACGAACAACUUCUCGAAAUUACUGAGGAAGUGAUCGAGCGAUUUGAGUCGGAUCUCCUUGAGCAAAACGGAAGUGAAUCUGAUGAGAGCUCUGAUGAGAGCGAUGCCGAGUUGAGUCCUGUGGAGAGAGAAAGAAACUCUGCGUUUUCUGAUCCUGACUCAUGUUGCGAUAUAACUUUGGUGAAGAGCAUCAAGAAGGAUCAGGAGAUUUUCAACACUUAUGGUGAUCUCUCCAACCCUUUCUUGCUGUCUAGUUACCUCUUCGUUGCAAAGAACAAUCCAAACGAUACGGUUGGUUUGGGUAGACAGAUCAUCCGAUUCUCCAAAAACAGCAAAUUCGCCAAGCAUAUCUCUUGGUGGGAAAAGACUGGAUACGUUUUAUUUAAAUCUCAAUUUGCUAGAGCCAGGGGGCUUGAUGAAGACGAAGAACAGCAAGAUUCUGUCUCUGAUGGAUGGAAACUGGAUAUGAAAAUUGCUGCGGAUGGAAACCCUACACCUGCGACAUAUGCAUUUGCAAGGCUGCUCUCAUUGUCUCAUAUCCAUCUGAAGAGAGUGAUAUUGCAGAAGCACAAGUUGCACAGCUCUCUUACCAUCAGAGAUCCCAGAGCCAAUCGUCUGUUGCUACACUGGUGUCAGCAGAGAGUUUCACAGUAUGGAGAAGUGAAGGUUCCACCUGGAUAUAAACACAUGGUAUCACCAUUGAUCAACCAUGAGAAACAGAUUCUUGCUAAAGCGAUCGAGCGUCUUAGCAGAUAG